UUACAUUUAGAUGCUCCAACUCCAUGGGGGUUAUUUUUUCAAGAUAGUGCUUCACCUCAAAUGGAAGGUAUUGAAGAAUUACAUAAUAAUAUUAUGUUUUAUUUAUCUAUUAUAUUAUUUACUGUAACAUGAAUGAUAAUUUCUAUAAUUAGAAAUUUCUUAGCUAAUAAAUCACCUAUAUCACAUAAAUAUAUGAAUCAUGGUACUUUAAUAGAAUUAAUAUGAACUAUAUCUCCAGCAUUUAUAUUAAUAUUAAUAGCUUUCCCAUCUUUUAAAUUAUUAUAUUUAAUGGAUGAGGUAGUUGAUCCAUCUUUGGUUGUAUAUGCUGAAGGUCAUCAAUGAUAUUGAAGUUACCAAUACCCUGAUUUUACUAAUGCAGAUGAUGAGUUUAUAGAAUUUGAUUCAUAUAUAGUACCUGAAAGUGAUUUAGAAGAAGGUCAAUUUAGAAUGUUAGAAGUUGAUAAUAGAGUAAUUAUACCUGAAUUAACACACACAAGAAUUGUAAUUUCAGCUGCUGAUGUUAUACAUUCUUAUGCUUGUCCUUCUUUAGGUAUUAAAGCUGAUGCUUACCCUGGUAGAUUAAAUCAAGCUUCUGUUUAUAUAAACCGUCCAGGUACUUUCUUUGGGCAAUGUUCAGAAAUAUGUGGUAUUUUACACAGUUCUAUGCCUAUAGCUAUACAAUCAGUAUCAAUUAAAGAUUUUUUACUAUGAUUAAGAGAGCAAAUGGAAGGUUAA